AAUCUCAGCUUGUUUUUGCCAUUUCUUCCCUCCCACAAUCUCAUCCUAUUUUUCCUUGUUUGGAUGCCCCAUUUAUCAUCUUUCACAGCCUUGGAUCUGAUGAGCUUCAUACAAGCUUGAAGAUUGUUCAGAAGGUCAGAUGGUGACUGCUUUUAUUCCUUUCUAUUCCAUUCAUGUUCUUCUAGAUUUGCAUGACCUGGUCAAUUUAUGGGGGUAUUAUUUUAAUUGGAAUGAGAAGACCGUAUUUCCUUUAAAACGACAUAUUAAUGAUGCAUAUUUACCAGAAAGUCGAUUCUUUUGAUGGGUUUUUGGGAUUUCUCUGAUUGGUGUUAUCGAUUUAGUUCUUUCCUUUGCACCAGCCGACGUUGUAGAAUUACGAUACCCCUUCAAUUCGAGAGGUUUUUUAAUGGAAGACGGGACCUGAUUGUUUUAGCGUAAGCGGUUAUGGGGAAUAGCACUUCCCGUGUUGUCCAGUGCUUUGUGCCGAUUCAAAAUGGUAAGGGUCGGGUUGAUUUAGAGUUCUUAGAGCCUUUGGAUGAAGGAUUAGGCCAUUCAUUCUGUUAUGUUAGGCCCAUGAUAACUGACUCUCCCACUAUAACUGCAUCAAACUCUGAGAGGUUUACGGUUGAUUCGAGCACUUUGGAUUCAGAGACGCAGAGUGGGUCGUUCCGACGAGAGCUUGUCGAAGAUUCUUUGGGUUUGCUGAGACCCAUCAAGAACUUCCCCGAAACCACCUUUAAAACGAUAUCGGGAGCUUCUGUGAGUGCCAAUGUGUUGACUGCUCGAUCUGGGAAUCAGAAUGCGGUAUUCAUGAGUGAUGCCCAGGAGCCUGCUGCUGCAUUUGAGAGCACGUCUUCGUUUGCUGCCAUACCUCUGCAGCCGGUGCCACGUGGGUCUGGACCGUUGAAUGGGUUCUUGUCGGGGCCUCUGGAGAGAGGGUUCGCUUCUGGGCCAUUGGAUGGAGGGGCUGGUUUCAUGUCUGGGCCUAUUGAGAAAGGGGUUUUCAUGUUGGACCCUCUUGAGGGUGUGGAUAGAACCAACUUCUCAGCUCCGCUUGUUUACAGUCGAAGAAGAACUGGUUUUGGACGGGUAGUGAGAAGCAUGAGUCGACCCAUGAGGAACGCCCUCUCUCGAACUUUUGUGAGCCAUUCUUCAGGGUCUGGUUGGAUGCAGCGGUUCUUUUUGCAUCCCGUGACCCGGUUAAUGUGGCACCCCAAGGAGGGGAAGUUUCAACCCGAAGUUCCCCGUAGCUGUUUUGAGGAUGGGCCGCCUGUUGGUGAGUACAGUACAAACCGAAACUUACAAUGGGCUCAUGGCAAGGCUGGUGAGGACAGGGUUCAUGUCGUUCUGUCUGAAGAGCAAGGAUGGUUGUUUGUCGGGAUUUAUGACGGUUUCAGUGGCCCCGAUGCACCUGAUUUCCUCAUGAGGAAUCUUUAUAGAGCUAUAGAUAAAGAACUGGAAGGAUUGCUUUGGGAUUGCGAAGAUAGGUGUGUAGAUAAUCGACCUUUAUUGGGGCUUGUUGAAAAGGAUAAUGUUAGGACUACUUCAGAUUGCCAAAAAGAAUAUUGUGUGAUUGCUCAGUCAUGUGGUGAUGGUUUAGAGCAACCUCAUACUGCCCCAGCUAUGGACUUUGAAUUGAAUGAGGAUGGAAAUGACAAACAGUCGAGAGUGGAGAAGACUUCUGUAGUUGAAUCAGUAGAAGUUGAUGAAAUAGCUGAGGAAAAGCACGAGGAUGGGACUGAAUUACAGUCAGCUAAGGAAACCAACAAAGAUCUUAGCAUAGACACAGGCAUCAGGAAUAUGGAGAUGGCAGGGCCGAGUGGUUUCUUAAAGCAGGUAGCUUUUAGUGUUUCAACAGCACAAUUGGCUGGCCAUGGCAGGAAAAGCAAGCGUCUUUAUGAGCUGCUUGGGAUGGAGGACUGGAAUAUACAGGAUUCACUGUCGGUAUCUGAGAUUGGCAGCGUGAGAAGGAGAAGGUCUUCGUGGGAUUUACAGCCAAAUGGAGAAUAUUUGAAUUCCAGAGAAAAAUUACCAGAAGCACGGCCUAUGUCACGCUCAAUAAGCACCCAAGGAGACCAGUCUAGCUGCUUGGGAGAAGAUGUUAGUUCGCGAGAGGGUGAGGGGGUUGUUGGGGAGGGUUCCAAACAUGGAAUUGCUGCUUCAUUUCCCAUUUCAGGACAAAAGCAGUUGAAAAGAUCUCUGAUUGGAUCGAAGCUGAAAAAUGUGUGUAGGAAGCAGAUAUCCCUACGUAAAAAGCUAUUCCCUUGGAGUUAUGAUUGGCAUAGAUACGACGCCCGUGUUGACAAGAUAGCAGGCGACUCAUUUCCACCCCUCAGGAGAUGCAAGUCGGGGCCUGUUGAUCAUGCAGCUGUCAUGAGUGCAAUGUCACGGGCUCUUCACACCACCGAGGAUGCUUACAUGGAAAUGGUGGAAAAGGCAUUGGACAAAAACCCAGAGCUCGCGCUGAUGGGUUCGUGUGUUCUAGUGAUGUUGAUGAAGGAUCAAGAUGUGUAUGUCAUGAAUCUGGGCGAUAGCCGUGUUAUCCUGGCACAAGAGGGGCCAGACGAUAUCCAUGAUGAUGCAGGGCAUAGAAACAAGUCUAGGGAAUCCCUCACUCGGGUUGAACUGGACAGGAUAUCGGAGGAGUCUCCAAUGCACAAUCAGACCAGUGGAGCAAGCAAUAUCAGCAAAAGCAGAGGGAUUUCCACUUGCAGAUUAAAUAUGAGGGCGGUUCAGCUGUCCACUGAUCACAGCACAAGCAUUGAGGAGGAAGUUUUGAGGGUCAGAUCUGAACAUGCUGAUGAUAGUCAAGCUAUGCUGAAUGAUAGAGUGAAGGGGCAGUUGAAAGUCACUCGAGCUUUUGGUGCUGGUUUUCUCAAGAAGCCUAAGUGCAACGAAGCUUUGCUGCAGAUGUUCCGGAUUGAAUACAUUGGAACCUCUCCAUAUCUCAGCUGCAUUCCUUCUGUUCGACACCACAGGCUCAGCUCGAAUGACCAGUUCUUGGUCCUUUCUUCUGACGGGCUCUACCAGUACUUCAGCAAUGAAGAGGUGGUUUCCCAUGUUGCAUGGUUUAUGGAAAAUAUCCCCGAUGGUGACCCUGCACAGAACCUUAUCGCAGAGCUUCUCUCCCGUGCCGCCAAGAAAAAUGGUUGGUUCAUGGCAUUUGCAAGUGUUCCUUUUGCUUCGUAAUGUUAUUUCAUUAGAAGAUUUCUGCUAAUGGUGACUGCUCUAUUGUCAGGGAUGGAUUUUCACGAGUUGCUGGACAUUCCUCAUGGUGAUCGCCGGAAAUAUCACGACGAUGUUUCAGUCAUGGUGAUUUCUCUUGAAGGAAGGAUUUGGAGAUCAUCUGGGUGAUUAUUUCCAUUGCUGGGUAUUUCUUGCCUCCUUGUGUAAUAAUUUUCAGCAAUGACAAAAGCCUCCCCGUUUUUCUGCCUCGAUGCCAUUGGCAACUUUCUACUGUUCUUUUUCUUGCCAUCUACAUUUUUUUUUUCCAAAGAUGCAUUUCUCCUUUCAAGUUCAUGGAAUUCUAUACACAGUUAUAAUGAAUAGAACUUUUCUUGGA